AUGGGCGCAAUCGAGUGGGCGAUGUGGGCCAACGAGCAGGCUCUAGCUGCCGGACUGAUUCUCCUCACAGGUGGUAUCGUGGGGGUGGCAGGGCAAUUCAGAGGCUGGGAGUUUGCAGCUUAUGCUGUUGCUGCCGGAUUCUUUGUGUGUCUCCUUGAAUAUCCCAGAGGCAAGAGGUCCAAAGGCACAAGUGUGGAGAGGACGGGCCAGUACUGCUUUACUGUCUGUGUUAAAUCUUUUGGACCACUUACCAGAAAUUACUACGUUCGAGCCUUUUUACAUGCAGCGUUGUGUGUUCCUGGUGGCUUUAUGCUGUCUACUGUUCUUGGGUGUGUCUGCCUCGGGAUUGCAAGUCUCAUAUACCUGGGAGCAGCUAUACGUGGUGAACACUGGGAGCCAAUUCUUCCUCGAAUACAAUCCCCAAAACCCACAGCAGAGAGCAUUAAAAGUCCCCCCUCGAACCCCCCGCCCCGGCCUCCUCCAGAGAUGCGCAGGAAAAGAGUGGAAGACUUGGAGGCUGCUGCCUAUGAUAACCCUCUCCCUGUUAGAGAGUAA